GAGUGUAUAGGCAGAGUGGGAGGGUGUGCGUAUGUGUGUGUGUGUGUGGAUGGAGGGAAGAGUGAGGGAGAGGUUUUGUCUCAGUAGUUCCACCUCUCAAUUUGACAGCAGCAGUCUUUAUUCCUCAUCGACUGCGGUGAAAAUCCACCAGGUACAGCCAUGUUGACGGUGUGUUUGAGGCUUCUGAUGUUCCUCCCCUUGGCUUGCUGUGUCCCAUCCCCUUCCAAACCUUCUUCCCGACUCUGCAGACGGUGCUGCGACCAUCUAGAACCCCCAGCAGGAACAACUCAUUAUCAAAUGCCCGAAGUCAGAACCGUCAUCAAUAUGACCAUCCUCAAAGGUGAUAAAGGUGACAGGGGAGACAAAGGCACUUCUGGAAAACCAGGUCUGGAUGGUCCUCCUGGCUACCAAGGACCGAUGGGCCCCAAAGGCAGCAAGGGUCAGGCAGGUGCCCCUGGAGACCCUUGCAAGAUCCCUCUGUCUUCUUUCUCCGUGGGGCGUCGCAAAUCUCUGCACAGCCUGGACUAUUACCAGGCGCUGGUGUUUGACACUGUCUUUGUUAAUCUCCAUGAGCACUUCAACAUGUUCAAAGGCAAGUUCUACUGCUAUGUGCCCGGUAUCUACUUCUUCAACAUCAACAUCCAUACAUGGAACUUUAAGGAGACCUACCUCCACCUGAUGCACAACGAUAAAGAGCAGGUGAUUCUUUAUGCUCAGCCCAGCGAGAGGUCCAUCAUGCAGAGCCAGAGUGUCAUGCUGGAUCUGGCUCUGAAUGAUGAGGUCUGGGUCCGACUCUACAAGAGGGAGAGAGAAAAUGCCAUUUAUAGCGAUGAUGUAGAUGUUUACAUCACCUUCAAUGGAUACCUGGUGGCACCUAGCAUACAGUGAAAUGAGGGGAGUAAAAAUGUAAAGCUGGACAGGAUGUCUGGAUUGAAUGAUUUUUUUUUUCUUUUUUUUUUACAUAAAUACUGCUUUCGGGGAAGAACAAUGAACUGAACAGAGGACAUUAUGAAUCUGGUGCUAAUUAAAUUUCACCUCAAGUCUGGGGAGGAAAAUAUUGUUUUUUUCAAUAAGGACCACCAAAAAAAUGUUAAAAUCAAAAGGAACUAAAAACAAAACAGGAAGUCAACACAGCUCACAAUUAGGAAAAGAAUAUACAUCUUUUGCACUAGAAAAACAUACUUGUACAAAGCUAAUUUUGUCCUAUUUAUGAGCUGUGCUGCUAUGCUUUGUUUGUAUCACUUAUCAGAAACAAUAAAUCUUGUGAUAUCUUUUAAAUAAAUGCUUCCAUUGUGCCUUCCUAAGGUAAGACUUGAAGACUUCAGUUCAUCCAAAUUACAAACAAAACACUGCUCUACUUACCUUGAAUGAUUUGUUGUCAUGCAGAUAUGCAAAAUGUAAAUCUUAGAGGCUUUUAGCCUCAAAGACUUACUGUUAGCUGAUAUACUGUGAUAGUUUAUUCUGCUGCAGGCAAAUUGAAAAAUGAUCCCCUGCUAUCACAUAAUGUUUCCAGAACUACAGAUAUAAGAGAAGGACUCUAUGUUGAAAUUGUACCCAGUUUUGCAGUUACUCAUUUCACUAUGUCAUCCAGCUUGACAGCCCCCAACCCCUCUAAAAACAAAUCUUUCUGUAGUCCUGUUAGCUUCACAAGUAAUGAAAAAUAUCAUAAUUUUUAAUAAUUAUUCUACAGCAAUAUGAGUAAAUAUUUAGCUCCAGAAUUACUUUAUAUAACCUUAUAUGGCUUUCCAGGAAGCUACUGUUUUAAUUCUUUAUCUUCAUGACCACAAACAAACCAACAGCAGAUCCUGAUGCUAUCAGGGUUUAUAUCUUGAAUCAGAAAUCAUUCAUUGACACACAGGGUGCUCUCAAUGAAUAUUAUAGAGCUCGCUAAACGUUGGUAAUUGAUGACAUGACUCCCGCUUCUCUGGACAACAUGAUGUUAGACAUAAAGUCUAAUGAAUGCAAAGGUAAAAAAUCUACAAAUGCAUCAGUUGUAAAAAGGAUUGCAGCACAUUUCAUAUGCUAUUCCAAAAUCCUAUAACAGGCUUCUCUUCCACAUUCCCAUGUCAUCAAUUACCAGCAUUUAGGGAGGUCUAUAAUAUUCAAUGAGAGCAUCAUGGACGUCAAUUGUGACAAAAGGGGGGCACCCAACGCGUGAAUAUGUGACGCAGAAGGAGCCUGACCAAACGUCCAUAUAAGACAAGUAAGGAGUGAGACGUGUUGUCUAAUUAUCCUCUGGUCUAGUUGUGAAAGUUCUGUUUCUCCUUCUAAAUACUAAGCUUUAAGGAAAUCUUCCACAUUAUGUAUCUGUCAGAUUGUUUCCCUUUGUUAAAAAAAAAUCGUAAAUUAAGAAAUUCAGUCAUCACUGUUCAUUUACAUUUGUCAUUUCAUUCAGCAGGUUUAGUACUGUACAUACUGAAGCAGAAACACACAGGGAUUACAUAGCAAAAUAUGCACACUUCCGUAUUUGUUUUUUUCUUCAUCAAACGAACAAUGUUAUCACAGCUUUUUUUUCUCUUAUCAUGUUAUCAUGUGGCCCUAAAUUCCACAGAAAUCACUGUUAACAUUGUUCACUGAGACAGGCUAUUCUAAAGAAAUAGACAAAAACUGCUAAAAGUGGAAAAAAUUGUCCCUAACAAAAGCCAAAAUAUCCACAUUGCUUGGUUAAGUGGGGAAAUAUUUCUAUUCUUUUGUAAUUUUGGUGAACUGAUAAUUACAAACACCCCAACAUAUCAAAAUGAAAAACUAAGGUGCUCAAACUUAACAAGACUUCAGGGUUUUGACAUUUAUCAUAUAUAAUUAAAGAAAUGACAACUGCAGAGCAGUUCAUGUAAAUAGUUGUAUAUUAGCUGUCUUUAUUACUACUCUUGCUGUUGAGGUUGGACUGUGAAUGCGUGUGCUUAGAUUUGUAAACAGUUUUCCUCCUCACUAGCCAAGACACUUUGUAUUCUGUAUCACUGUGCUACAGACACUUGAUUAUAAAAGAAUAAAACUUUGUAUUAAUGUUACAUGAAAUCGGGAGACUCUGUUUUCUGUUAAUAUCUGAAAAUAAAGCUUUUU